UAUGCUUCAGAAGAUUCCAUUUUCUAAAUUUUUUCUGUAAGACCAUUUUUCAUGCUAGUUGUUCAUCUCCACAGGUUGGGAAGAGACGUCAUCAGUGUGGCUCAGCACUACGAUCCUCACAGACCCGUGAUCAGGAAGACUGGCUGGUAGACAGCAGAUUGCAGCCUGAAGGAGAGGAGGAGAGCCACCUCAGCACCAACAUCUCAAGUGCCUCACUGAGUGACCUCAUGGAAAAAAUGCGGCACAGAGGCUGCCAUGGGUCAAUCUCCCGUGAUAAUUCAAUUGCUUCCAACAUGUCAGACUUUGUUACCUCACCCCAAGGGUCCAAAAGAUUUACAUUUAAAAGAGAAGAUUCAGUCUGCUCAAAUCUGUCAGACUUUGCACCGUCAGAAUGCUCUGAAAUGUCACUGGAUGUUUCUGUGCGUGAUGAUCUGGCUUGCAAAACUUUCACCUACCUGGAUGAUAUUGAGCAUGAGCUGGAUGACCUCAAGUCCUCCAUGUUAGAGAUGGAUGAAGAGGUGACAAAAUUUGCAUCGAAGCCAAACCCAUACACUUUUAAGACAACUUACUCAGAUUAUUCCAUCACCUCUGGAGACUCACGGCCAAAUUCUGCCUUAGAUCUGGUAAAUGCACAUCGUUCAAGAGCCAGCUUCAGAGGCGUUCUUGGUCAAAGGGGCACAGUGUCGUCUGACUCAGAAGCGCUGGAGGGAGGCACUGCAGAAUCCACACACACUCAGGGUCAUGUGGUCUCAGGCUCAGAGGCAGAAGGAUCAUUUGAGUGGGACUCUCCACAACAUGGCUGGUCUAGUGCAAGAGGACCACCACUCUCACGUCUCCCGGAAUUGCCUUCAGAAGAUGCAGAAUCUUCACGUGCAUCAACUCAGGAAGACAUGAUGCCAUCACUUGAGUGGGAUAAUGACUGCUUGCAGCAAUACGAUGAGGAACAAAUGCAAGAUUCCCGCAACAGCCAGCUUGAUGAAGUCUUCCAUCGGAACAACUGUGAGAGCUUUGCAGAACUGGAAGGAUAUGAAGAAUAUAAGUUAUCUUGUCGUCGGCACCAACUGUUACCUGACCACUCCUCUCUUGAGCUGGACCUUGAAGAGGAACUCCAGGCAGCCACAAACCCUCUCACAGAGGCAGCUGACCUCCGUUCUGCCCCCAUGACCAUCUCAGUUGACUCUGCCAUACACUCAGCCACAGGCUCUCGCUCUGCUUCAUCUAGCCCCUUACCCACUGGUCUUGGCCAGUCGCUGCUCAGCUCGUCUGGCCUGGCUAGCAGCUCCGAGAUCUCUCCUGCCACGCCUGACUCAGAGUCAGCAGGCUGGGCCAGCUGGGAGCGUCGCCUAGGACCAGGGGAGUUCGGUACUAAAGCCCGGCGCUACUGGAGUUCCGAGGAGAGUGGGUACAUGGAAGGAACCGACACACCCCUUGACACGGCCGUACACGCACACCUCUCACCUGUGCACGAAAUCAAGGAGAAGGAAUACUCAGAAAGCAGCGGUUCUUCCCCCACGCAUCAUACUAACCCCAGAGAAGUCACAAGUGAGGGUGGCAACCUGAACGAGACAGCGCUGGAGUCCAACCUCAACGGAAAUCUCAUCAUGGGAAGCACUGCCAGCACUGCCAAUGACAAUGAGCAUAUCCUUGGUACCACCACAUCAGCCUUCGGAAACCAGCCCAAUGUAGCUAUUGGGCAGAGAAUAGAGGUUGCCCGGUACGCCAGCCAGGAAUGGCGAGGGAACACAGCCAAGGCACAAACAAUUAAACAGGGCUACUCAGCAAUCCCAGUUGAGCUCAAUUACCACUACCUGCGAAGAGUGCGUGGUGAUAACUACUGUGGAGUCCGAGCAGCCCUCUAUCAGAUCCUUUCCUUGGGCCUCCCUGUACCCAGUGGGCAUACUACCCACACGCGUCUGGCAGCUGAACUCAAUGAGGGUUCCACAUGGCUCCGGGACUGGUCCUUUGGCCACCGUCUCAGCUUCUCAAAGGAGCAGGUCCUCAAUGGCUUCUGGGAGUGCUUGGAGGCCCUAGACAGCAUGGUACUCAGUCUGAAAGGAUGUGAAAACAGGGAAUGUGUUGUUCUCUCACGCCUCAACAGUGACCCUCUUCUGGAUGUGAAGCUCUGUGAGGCAGUGAAGCUGCACAUGCUGGCAACUGCCCUAGAUCUUCACAUUGGAAAUAAUAAUGGUGACAAUGUCCCACUCUUUUCCAUGAUCAUGUUUGCUCGGCAUACAUCGCUAACACCAAGAGAUUUUGUGAAAAAUCAUUUAAAUUUGGUGGGGGACACAGCUGGGCUGGAGCAGAUUGAGAUGUUCCUUAUGGGGCAUACCCUGGGGGUCACUCUUCAGGUGGUGCGGCCAGCAUGCUACGGCAAAGACGACUUCAUAUGCUACUACCCAGAUGCAAACAUAGGUGUCUGGCCUGAGGUCACUCUGGUGGCAGAAGAUGACCGGCAUUACAAUGUUCUAAUAAAGUGAUAGAUAUCUGAAAGAUGAAAGUGGAGAAGCAGAAGAUGCAAGCACGUCAAGCGAAGGCGCUGUCCUGCCGUUGCAUUGUGUGCCGUAAAGAGGAGUCACGGUGCCUCUGAACAUGUAGUGUAUAAAGUGGGCAAAUAUGUUGAAGAAAAGGAAACUUUUGGCAAUAAUAUUCCUACAGAGGUUGGGCCAGGGGACUCAACCUUAAGGCAACAAGAGAGUUAACUGUGAAUGAUUGAGUUCUGUCACUGCUAGUAUGUAUGGAAUUAAUUUGUGAAGCCCUAAGUGACUCACAGUUAAUUGUCUUAUGGAAGUGCUUCUUUUGGUACAAAAUUAAGAGGUGUUCGAAAGCUAGCUCCUUGUCAGAGAUGUACACCCAGCCUUGUUCUAGGGAAAAUUACGAAAAAUUGGUUGUAAAUAGGAAACUAUUUUAGGCAAUAAGGAAAAAAAACAUAGUAAGAAAGGGUGCUGCAGCUGAAUUAUUAAUAUUUAGCUUUCAAAAUAUAUCCGAGUGUUUUUGAUGGGUGCGAGUAGGUUAAAAUGUACAUAGAGUUUGUUAGCUGUUUCUUGAUUCACUUAGAGAAUUGUGUAUAUAAUAAUUGUAUAUAACCUGUGAUCGUUAUCUCAUUGGUUAUGUUGUAAAGCAGAUAGGCUAGAGCAAUUGUAAAAUGAUCUGAUCAAAAUUAUUGCAUGUAACAUAUGCCACAGUGAUAUAUGUCAAAAUGGUAACUUUGCAUUGUUAAGUGUUACCAAUAGGAGAGUUAGAAUCAUGACAUUCUAGCAUAGUCUGUAUAGUAAACUCCAGCUUCAAAUAUUAAUGGCAAAACAA